AUCUUCCUGUCAGGGGACAAGCACAUAUCCUUUGCUGGCUGUGUGCUGCAACUCUUCUUUCUGAUUGAUGUGGUGGGCACUGAAAUAUAUUUGCUGGCUGUGAUGGCAUACGACCGCUAUGUGGCAAUAUGCAGCCCCUUGCACUACACAAACAUCAUGAGUAAAAGGCUGUGUGCUCAACUGGCUGUUGGGACAUGGCUAACAGGCUUUAUCAAUUCCAUGGUUCACACCUCACUGACCUUUUCAUUAUCCUUCUGUGGGUCCAACAAAAUUAACCAAUAUUACUGUGACCUUCAACCAGUCAUAGCUCUCUCUUGCUCUUCUACCUUUCUCCCUGAACUAGUCCGCCUUCUUGUGGCUGGCAUCACAGGAGGUGGUGCUUUUCUGGUCACCCUGAUCUCUUACAUCUAUAUUAUUUCUGCUAUCUUGCGCAUGCGCUCUGCUGAGGGCAGGCGCAAGGCUUUUUCCACCUGUGGGUCCCACUUGACUGUCGUCUGCCUUUUUUAUGGGGCUACCAUUGCUACCUAUGGUUGCCCUGUCGCUUCUUAUUCCCCCAAGCAAGACAGAAUUGUUUCCAUGCUGUAUGGAAUUCUUACUCCUAUGUUGAACCCUCUGAUCUACAGUCUAAGAAAUAAGGAAGUGAAGAAAGCCUUGGUCAAAGCACUUGGCCUAAAACGGUUUGAACAAAUGGGUUAG